CAAAUGACCCUAUGAAGCUCAUAAUUAGAGUACCUACAUAAGACCUGACAAUAUCGGUGCAGCCUUAUGAAAAGCAAAAGAGGUCGCUACAUCACUUUACUUGGAGUGCCCUUGCUUGAAAUAGUUGAACUGACUAGAAUUAAUCUAACGUCCAAAACUACAAGGACAAAGGAAGGUGCUACUCACGAUACCACUCUCAACCAUGUCUUCAUUUCUAUCUCGACACUCUUCUACACUCACUAGCCUUUCGUCGAGACUCUGCAAUUCCUCAAGCCUUGCGCGUCAAACAAUCUCCACCACAUCAAGACACUUUGCUCCAAAUACUUCCUCUCUCAGAAUAGUCAGAAUGGCAUCCACUGGCCCGAUACUCGACUCCAAUACCAUCUCUGCCAUCACAGAAAAGGAAAAGCAACUCACCGGCUCCGACGAACCUGCCAAAGGUGGUCCCACCGCUCAGGCACAGAAACAUGCUGGCGAACCUCUCAAUUCCAAUACCAUCUCUUCCAUCACUCAGGGCGAGAAGAAGAUUGCCGGUGAUCGAGUAGCUGGUGGUCCCACAGCAGCUGCUCAGUCAAUCCUGACCAAAUCCAACCAGCAGAACAACACUGGCAACCGAAACAACACCAGCAACAAUAACAACAAUAACAUCAACAACAACGCGGAGACUUCGUCUGCUUCUGACGGCAUAUUGCAUGGUGACACCAUCUCCAAUAUCCGCAAGGCAGAGAGUGAAAUCACUGGCCUCAAUCAACCCGCCAAGGGAGGUCCUACUGCACAAGCUCAGAAACAUACUGGUGAACCUAUCACCAGCCAAGUGCUCCACGACAUUACCGAGGGCGAAAAGAGCGUCAGUGGACAGGCACAAGCAAUCUCAGGCGGACCCACGGCGCAAGCUCAGCAUGACCUAGCCAAGAGCAGAGAAUAGAGAGGCUGAGAAGAUGGGACGAGGAUGAGAAGAUGGAACGAGGAUGAGAAGAUCAUAAUGACCUCUCGGUCCGUACUUCCAUUGCUGCUGUACAACAUGGCAUCCGGUUCGCAAUAUCGUCUUUCAAACAGCUGAGAAUAGCAUUUGGGUCAUAGAGCAGGUUAUCUCUCUUAGCGAGCAAGCAUAUUUUUGAUGUACAACAUAAAAUGUUUUCUCCACUCAAUGUACUGUACAGUAUUCAGACUAAAGGCAUAGGACGCCUUCUCAUAGGAGAGUUAAUAUUAACAAAA